GCUUUUAUUAAAGAGCACCAACACUCUGUUGGGCGGACAGUGGGCUCUUCACAGGACAAGAUCCAAUUGAUUACUUAAAAACAGUCCCACCCAUUUUAAAGCACACACACUGUGUAUACACACUCUUAACCGCCUAUACACACAGUUCGGUACAGUAGGAGCAGCGAGCGCAUCUGUCUGACACGGUGACAGACUAUUUCUCUAUUUCUUUCUUAAGGAGGAUAUUGCUUGACUUGCAGAGGUGUAACACGUUGAAGGCCAGUUGAAAAGCCUGCGUCUGAAGGUCUUGACUAGGCAAAAACAUGGGAAACGAGAACUCCGCGGACAUUGAGCCGACCGAGAAUGGGAAUAUUUCUGGGAAGCAUGGUAAUGGAUCAGUGAACGGCCUCUCUGCAAACAUCACAUCUAAUGGAUUGAAGAUUGCUGUUAACACUGAGACCAUGGUCCAGCAAAAUGGCGAGCCCCUCUCUUUAGAACUUGCCACAGAACCAACCAGGCCUGAAAUCCCUAAAACCGUCAUUCAUAAGAAAGAGGUCAAGAAAGGUAAUGAAGACCAAACAGAUGUAAGUCUUCCUGCCACCAAUCCACAGCCGGAGGCGGCUAACCUAAAGCGAGCAUCAGAAUCCUUAACGGUGCCAGAGAGUGUGACUCUAGACCCGGGCCCCGAGAAAGAAAAAGCUCCUGAAAGUGACAACGGAGAGGACAGUAACCCAGAAGAGAAUCCAGUUAUGAACUUCUUCAAAACACUAGUGACUCCCAAAAUAACCAAAAAGGAACCAGCUACUCCCGGUGCCACCAAAGACCAGUCGAAGAUGGAGAACCAACCAGCAGUUACCACUACUGUUGCACAAGUAUCUGAGCCGCCCGCAGUACCCAAAGGAAUGUCUUACCCGCCACCACCUCCUCCAGAGCCACCGAGAAUGGAAAUCAAGGGAGAACCAGCUGCAAAACCUGUCAAACCCACCCCCAAAGAAGAACCCAAAGCUGCUGCAAAGGAAGCCGAGUCCCCCCAAAAAAAAUCUGCCAGAAAAGCUCUGAGCAAAUUCUUCAGUCCAAAGACAAUCAAAGAUGCGCCAGCACAGCCAGCAGUAGACGUCCAGGAGACACCGGUGGUGCCACAGCCAGUUGUAGAAGUCCAGAGUGAAAAUAAGGUUGAACCACAUGAGACAGCAGACGAGGUGACACAGCCAGUUGUAGAAGAGCAGACGGUGGAGGAGGUACCACCGCCAGUGGUGGGGGCUGAGAAGGUGGAUCCCUCAAAAGCCGGGACUCUGGAGGCUGCUGCAAAGCCAGAACCGCCACCGCCUGUUCAGGAAGCCAAGAAAAGUGCCUCAAAAUCCGCCUUCCUUUCUCGUUUCAAGCCUAAAGAACUGUUAGACAACAUGACCACAAAAGUCCAGGCAGCCUCCACAAGUGGAGUUCGUCUCCUCAGGAGAACAACUGGAGUGGCUGCUGGUCCCCAGAAGGCGAGCCCUGCCCCCGCUGCAGCAGCAGAGACAGUUAAAGCCAGGGAGGAACCCAAAGCAGCAGCCAAGUCAUCAGAGGCGGUCGUAGACAAAAAAACAGCUUCGGGGGCCCCCCAAGCUGGAGAUGAUGCAGCCAAUGUGCCCAGGAAACUGGAGAAGAGGAACUCAAUCCAGCUGUUCUUUAAACAUCUGGGUCAGAAGCGUAACUCGACAGAUGCCGGGGUCCAGACAGAGCCCGCCCCUGUUGCUCCAGCAGCUGAGAAGGCCAAAUGAAACCAAAGCCAACAAUAAAGUGUCCCUGUACAGACUUCCUCUCUCUUUCUUGUUCUUACUCAAUCUUUAUCUUUCACUCUGUCUCAUCUCCCUUUCAACUCUCAUUGUAUUACUUUAACUCCUUUUUUUUGGUUAUUGUUCAGAAGUUGCAUAGUGGAAGGAAAAGUGACAUGAAGGGUAAAAGAAUGUUGUGAGAAACAGUGGGGCAGGUGAACAUGUGGCGAUUUGAAAUGGUCAAAGGCGAGGUUGUUAAGAUAUAUAUACAGCACAUAUUUUUUUUUUGUCCAUUUCAAUGUCUUGACAAGUAUAGCAAUGUGAGUGUGAAACCUUUUCUACAGACAAUGUGACUUCUCUCUGUUCUUGCGAGCUAACACACAGGGCUUAGGCAACAGUCAGUACCAUGCUUUGCUUUAAGCAAUUACUUUGUAAAAUGGUUCUAUUUUUACAGUUCAUAGCAGAAAAAUCAGCUGUGGCUAUGAAGAGGUUAAUAUGAAAUCACAUUGAAAUAACAUCUAUAUGACAUUAAAAUCAAAAACACUAACAGAGCUGAUAAGGAGCAUUUUCAUAUAACAAACUGCACUUACAGAUUUUGUAACUUUAUGAAAGCUACAUGUAGACUAAAGCGCAUACGUAACUAACAGUGUUCUAUUGGGCCUUAUGGGAAAAUCACAAUCUUUACUGUUUCUGUGGGGAACUGAUUCUAAGUGUAGCAAAUCCAUCCGAGGUCGCUGUGUCAUUGUGUCCUUGUCUGUUUUGCAGUCGUCAUAAAUCCCACUUGAUUAGCUUUUAAUUUAAUUGGAGCACUUUUUGUCAUGGAAUUUAUUGGGAAUUUAUUUGUGUUUGGCAAGUGUGCAAUUAAUAUCAUGCUUAUGUUUGCCUAAAUGUACUGUAUGUACGCGUGCAUGUGUAACUUCAGCUAUCUCGAAGACAAUAAAUAUGUUCACGGUU